UCUACCAGGUUACAAAGUGUUCGCACUUUACUUGCUUUUUGGGGUAGACUAAACACCGAGAAACAGCAAGAUGAACCCUUUGGCAGCGAUUUUAUGUUUGCUCUCUCUGGCUGCAUACAUACAACCAGGGAUUUCCAAAACAGUCCAAUAUAAGAUUGUUAUAAAAACAGGCGAUGUAGAAAAUGCAGGGACUGAUGCCAAAGUUUUCAUCAACCUGUUUGGCAACAAAGGCUCAACUGGCAACCUGAUUUUACCUGGGCAGGUCACUAGUCAGUUUGAGAGGGGAGACACGGACACAUUUACGGUAUACGGCAAAGAGGUUGGACGGCUCUACGCCAUACAGAUAGGCCACGACAACAGCGGUGAAGCACCAGGAUGGUACCUGGAUUAUGUUGAUGUAAUCCAAACAGUGUACGCAUUUGGAAAAUAUCCUAGACCUAAAAACACCCGGUACAUAUUUAGAGGCUGGAUCGCCGCUGAUGAGGGUGACGGGUCACUGUCAAAGAGACUACACCAUGGCUUGAUCAGCUACCCUGAUAACUAAAUUUGUAGCAACUAAUCAGAGGACGCAGUAAUUAGAUUUAAAUAAUAUAGCAUUGAAAUUAUUUUUUUUUUGAUUGUUGUAGUCUGUUAUAAAAGGUAUUAAAAUAAAAUAAA